GGAAGUUGUUUCAGCUGCCAUGUUUGCUUGCUUUGUUGUAGGCUUCUACUAGCUUUCCUACAGAAUCAGUAAGUGUGGAAAUGGAGCCGAGCUGGAGUACGUUUCUCUUCCAACAGGCCAAUGAAGCCCUCCACCACCAGCACCAGGUGGCCCAGAAUAGUCUGCUGCCACUUCUCAAUGCUGGAGCAGAGCAAGUUGACCAGAAGCCUGUCCUGCCUAUCCAGAUAGACCAGAAACCCCCCGUCAGUGCUGCUGAACUUCUGAAAGACAAUGUGGCCAGUGGAGGAGGUCAGCGGCCACCGGUGCCUGUGAUAAAAAAGGAACACAAAGGCAAAACGCCUUUCGUCUGCGGUUACUGUAACAAGGCCUUCCGAGACAGCUACCACCUGAGACGCCAUGAGUCCAGCCACACCGGCAUCAAGAUGGUAUCGCGUCCGAAGAAGACGGCCCAAACCGCCCCCACCAUGGUACCCAUGAUCGCUUCCAUGCCACGGGAGAACAACGGCAACUCCUACAUCUCUACGGUAGCGGGGAUCCUUUCCACGGCGACCACCUCGGUGUCAUCGGGCACCAGCAUCAUGACGUCGUCCGCGAUGGGCAACGUGCAGCAGCAAAACGUCCCCAAGAAGCCCCCCAAGCCCGUCAAGAAAAACCACGGCUGCGAGAUGUGCGGCAAGGCCUUCCGUGACGUCUACCACCUGAACCGCCACAAGUUGUCCCAUUCGGACGAGAAGCCGUUUGAGUGUCCAAUCUGCCAGCAGCGCUUUAAGAGGAAGGAUCGGAUGACCUACCAUGUUCGCUCUCAUGACGGAGGCGUCCACAAGCCCUACGUGUGUUCUGUGUGUGGAAAAGGCUUUUCCAGGCCAGACCAUUUGAGCUGCCAUGUGAAGCAUGUGCACUCCUCGGAAAGACCGUUUAAAUGUCAAGUAACGGCAUGUACCUCUGCUUUCGCCACCAAAGACAGACUCCGCUCCCACAUGAUCCGACAUGAAGGCAAGGUCACCUGUAGCAUCUGUGGGAAGAUGCUGAGUGCAGCCUACAUCACCAGUCAUUUGAAGACCCACGGACAGACCAACUUUAACUCCUGUAACAAAGGUAACGAAGUCUGCAACUCGGCCUCAGCGACACCCGUGUCCGUCUCUGCCCCCAUCACCUCCGCAAUGAACCGAGGCAACAACAACAACCCCGUCACCAUAGCCGCACAAAUGAACAUUAGCACCAACACGGUCAACAUCACGUCUCCCGUCAGCCUCCAGCACCCGGUCACCAUCACUGGGCCCGUCAACAUCGCCUCUGUGAACAUCCCCGCCACGGCGCCCAUGAAUAUCGCCCACCCGGUCGCAAUAACCACCCCCAUGCCCAUGAAUAUAGCCGGUCCGCUAAACAUCGCAAUGAGGCCAGUCGAUAGCAUGCCUUUUCUGUCCCAAGUCUUGCCUUCUUCCCCACCGUGGUAAAAAUAAAAUAAAAAAAAGAUGAACGACAUCUAACUGGCCAGAAAGAAAGGGAAAAUGAAGUGAAAAGAGACUCCUGUCCUCACUUUAACAGCUUCCCCAUGCCCCACCUCCCCUCACCCCAAACAGUGUCCACUUCAUCCAGCUUUGAAGUGCAGCAGUUCCUUGAGCUGUGAGGCCAGUAGGAGAUCCCCCCAAAGUCCUAACUGUGUCCCAACUAAUGUUUAGUGACUGGCUCGUGAUGCAGAACAGUUAAGUAGAAAUCGAGUAGGAUUUGUCUUGAAAUCAAGACAGCCGGAAGGCUUAGCGUAGGCAGUUAGAAUGAUGAAACUGUGAUUUGUAUCAUGACAAACAGGAGGAGAGGAUUCCUCGAGUUUGCUUGAGGACCCCCUAUACGAAAAUACAAACGUGCUUUUGUAAGGGAGACAUGAAAUGGACUGAAGCAAUAACCAGGAAUUGCUGAUUCUAAUCUUUUACAAGCUCUCCCGAAGCAUCUGGGCGUUACUUUGUAUGUAGUUUUUUUUUUGUUUGUUUGUUUGUUUAUUUUGUUUUGUUUUUUUUUUAAACUAUAGCUUGCUAAUCACUAUUUAAUGUAAUAGGAAAUGAGUCUAGUAAAAGGGACAGCUGCUUCCACUUGCAUGGAAGACUAUUUUUUCACAAUGUUAUAGCAUUUCUUUUUCUUCUCAGAUAGUAAGUAUGCUCUUGAGGUACAGUGACUAACUUGUACAGUUGACAUAGUAAUGUAUUUUUCAUGUUGACAUUUGAAUUUCUUUUGUUUUUGCUUUUUGUCAUUCAGGUGGACAUCUGGACACUGUUCACUUGACUAUGAAAUUUCUUUACUUUGUUUUUCUAUUUAUAUGAAAACAAAGUUAUUUUUUACUUUUAUGUGUUUUUAUUUUUUUAUGAAGUCAGAAUGGAAUGAGUCUUGCACUGAAGGCAUAUGCUACAUGCAGGUGAACAGCAGUAUUAUCAAAGAUCAAACAGAGUCUUAAGUGUUUUGGUCAGCCAGCCUGCACUUGAGGGCCCUCUAGUGGCCGAGUAUGUAAAUCCUGGACUUGUAGUGAAGCUUUUCAGGUUGCAAUUGUCAUCGCAAAAGGUGGCUGAUGUAGUUUUAGCGGACUCUUUUGUUACACUGUUUUUAUUCAUAUAAUUAUUUAUCAUUACUCUGUUACAGCCCCGUGGUUAAACUAAGGAAUGAUCACUCAGGAAACACGCAGAAAUCCCCCACCCCCAACAAACCAAGAAUUUCUUUGGAUCUUAGAAAUUUUCUAAGCGCCUAUUUGGACUCCCGAAAUCAUUUUUGGAUUGCAGCGUUGUUGCUUUGCAAAAUUACACUAACCAGGAAGUCCGCAAGCACCAGUUUUAAGCAGCCGUCCAUUUGAAUCGAUCUUUUACUGUACAAUGACAUAAAUGCUGUACAUGUUUUACAUACUCGGGCAAGUUCGGUCUCGGUUUGCACAGGCAUAUGGCCUGAGAACUGGACAAGUUUGCUACAAAACACGAUUUUGUGUCCAUUCAAAAAAAAAAAAAAAAUGGGACAAGAUUGACGUUGCAUGAACAUCCCAACUCCUUCCCUCCCUGAACACUGUAGCUGUUGAACAUGAACUAUUUUUUUAACGAAUGCCAUGUUGUCUCAGCAGUGUUGCAGCUCUUUGAGUUGAUUCAGUUUAUACAGAGAAAUGCAAUAUGCAUGUAUGUCUUUUCCCCCCAACCCCAAGUUUUUUUUUUUUUUUUUUUUUUACAAAAUGUUAGUGUAGUUUUUUUUAUUCUUAUGCAUUUACGUAGAUACACUAUAAUAGCCUGUUUGCCAAAUUUGAAACAAUUAUAAUGUGACGACCUGAAUUAUUCUUGUGAAAUUGAACAUCUCAUUUAUUUUAAAAGAGGAAAAAAAAAAGUUAAUUGGAAACACCAGGAACCUUGUGAAAAGCAGUUGAAUGUAUAUCUUUGUACAAAACUUUUAGUUCCAAGGAUAUGGUAGUUACAAUAGAUGUGAAAGAUAAGAACCUUUUUUAUAAAUCUUUUGUAUUAGAACAUUAACAUUGAUAAUUUUGUAUAUAUGAGAGGCUAGGCUUUCUGAUUAGCAGAAAGAUAAAACAUUCCUACAUUUUUUUAAAUGUACGUUUGUCAAAUUAUUAAACAUGCGCAAUGUUAUGUGCCUUUUAUUUGGGUUGUCUAAAUAAAAGAAAACUAUCAAAUGUG